UUUUUGCUAUGGAUAAACCACAAGUUCAGAACGUAGUUUCAACAGUCACGCUACUAAAAGAGAUUCAAGAUCUUGAAGUUAUUUCAAAAAACAUUAAAAACUCCAAUUACAACCCAAAGAAGUUUUCAGCCCUAAUUAUUAAGAAUUUUGAGCCUAUUCGUGCUACAGCAUUAUUAUUUUCAAAUGGAAGACUUGUUUGUGUCGGGACGAAAUCUUCUUCGAUGGCAAAGGAGGCUACAAUAAUAUUUGUCCAACAAAUAGCUAAUGCGCUAAAGGAGACAACAAUCGCAAUCGAUAAAUUUAAGAUCCAAAACGUUGUUGCUUCAUUUAAGUUUCCUAAAACACUGAACCUCCCAGGUAAUACUUAA